AUGAACACUUUUGAACUGGUUGUGAUUUUUUUGUUCAUUAUUUUGGUACCAAAUGCUGAAACUACGUUCUCUGGGGCUAAAUGUAAAGAAGAACAACAAGCAAAAGAGCCAGCGUCGACUAGAUCGGAUGAAUUAGCAGAGAAAGAACAACAACAAACAAAAGAACAUAAAUCUUCACCUCCAGAUGAGUUGGAAGGCAAAUAUGAGGGGGAUAUUGAUAUUUCCGAAACACCAGACAAGUUCCGUAAUGCUAUGUUGAACAAAGAUGCAAGGUGGCCAAAUGGAGUGGUAACAUAUUCCAUUGUCAGUAGUUACCCAACCUGGGCAGUUGAUGUUUUUAAAUCUGCCAUGAGAGAAAUAGAAGCGAACACUAGCUUUAAUGGUCAAGAGUGCAUCACAUUCAAAGAAAGAACAUUUGAGAUUGACUAUGUAGAACUUGCUCCUAUUGGUGGGUGUUACUCUAGGGUUGGGGUGUCUGGUGGGAAGCAACCUCUAUCAUUGGGAGCUGGGUGUGAAAGGAAGGGUACAGUCAUGCAUGAAUUGCUACAUACGCUAGGGUUCUGGCAUGAGCAGAGUAGAGCAGAUAGAGAUAUGUACGUCAAAGUCAACUGGACUAAUAUAAGAGAUGGACAUUCAGGGAAUUUCAACAAGUUCGCCGAUACUUCCAUAGAUCACCAGGACAUGCCUUAUGAUUAUGACAGCAUAAUGCACUACAGCGCAUAUGCAUUUGCAAAGGACUAUAAAUAUCCUACAAUUAUACCUUUGAUUGGGAAACCAUUCAUUGGUCAAAGGUUACAUCUUAGUGACAUUGAUAUUAACGAAAUAAGAAAACUCUACAACUGCCAAGGGGCUGUGUCAGUUGCCUUCACAACACCAGUGUCAACAACGUUUGUACCUACAACUCAACCUGUUCCAAUCGGACCCGAUGUACCUCUUAAAUGGGAGUGCACAUUUGACGAGGGCAUGUGUGGGUUAGAAAAUGUGACGGAUUAUCUAGAAUGGAUUCCCAAAAGGGGACCAACCCCUAGUUCAAGGACUGGCCCUACAAUGGACCACACAUCUGGCAAUGGGACUUAUGUUUACAUAGAGGCUUCCAAUCUCUAUCAAAAGAAAUACAGGAUGGUAAAACGUAGAUUACGCAAAAGAAACACGUGCGUUGACUUUUGGUACCACAUGUAUUCUGAGAAUGAGGAGGAAUCAGAUCAUCACGUUGGAUACUUAAGAUUCUAUGCAGAAUCGGGAAAUACUGAACCAACACAGUUGCUUGCAUGGGAAAAGACAAGAUCUCAGGGAAACAAAUGGUUGAAUGGGAGAUUCACGGUUCGAAAGUCAGACUUAUCUAGCAAAAGAUGGAAUUUGAUUAUUGAAGGGGAGACCUUGAGCAGCUUCAAAAGCGAUAUUGCAGUAGAUGAUAUAAAAGUAUAUCGAGGGAAAUGUCCAUGACGCAUCCUGGAUGAUUGACCCCAUUCAGUUGAAGAACAAACUGCCUUUCAGUCUGCUUACUGAAGAAUGACGUAGAAUAAAAAUGAUGAUACAUCUAUUAAUUUCAUAAUCUGACAAUCUAGUCUUUGCUUACAAACACUUAAACUGGAUAAAUAUACACAUUAGUUAAAGUAUAAGGGAACAGUGGAGUAGAUAAUGUGUCGAGAAGUUUCCAAUAUGACAAUGAUAAAAAAACAAACACAUAGGCUAAGAUAAGGAUGGGGACAUAUAUGUAAAGAAACGUAUUAUAGUGUGAUUCGUUCUUUAGAUAACUAAAUGAAGACUUUCCAUACCAUUCAUACUUCAUUUCAAUUAAAAUACCUCUUCAAUACUCAUUAUCAAUUAGAGAGGUCUUAGAAUAGUAUUAUUAAUACUUUACUAUAAUUAUUAUAAUUAAGCUUUAAGAAAAGUGAUGUUGGGAAAUGUAAGAUUUCACUUUUCAUUCAUACAUCUCUAUUUACUCCAUAUUCUGGAAGGUUCUGUAAUUUAUAUGCAAAUAGCCUGAUUUAGUUGCAUAAUGAUGACUCGAAAUGUUCUUAGUGAAUUGGUUAAAAAAUCAAUAUACUGAAUUUUAUAUACAAUAAAUCAAAUGAAACAAUCAUA